AUGGUGCAGUCCUUAAGCCCAUGCACUGAUGGUGGUGCCACCUCCUGUGGGGUGGCUGUGCCCCAGCCCAUCGCGGAGAGCUGCAACGAGCCCUGUGUCCGGCAGUGCCCUGACUCCACGGUGGUGAUCUACCCUCCACCAGUGGUGGUGACCUUCCCUGGCCCUAUCCUCAGCACCUUCCCACAGCAGAGCGUUGUGGGGUCUGCAGGAGCUCCUGAAGUUGGAACUGGCUUCAGUGCUGCCCGUGCUCCUGGGGCCUCCCACGUUUAUGGUGGGGCCAGAUGGCAACGGGGGUACCCGGUUGGGAUCUGCAGACCUUGCUAA